UCGGGUUUUCAUUCACGGUUUUCUUUUCUCCACAACAAUAAGAAUACGCAUAUAAAUAUUCUUUUCAAUCCUGGCUUCCAUCGAAAAAAGUUAAGAAAACAUAUUGUUUCGCUAGCGAUAUUGUAAAGGGAAAUAUGAGUACGGAAAUGAACUAACAGUGAAAAGACCUUUAGAUGAACUAUUAGUGAAUUGAACAGAUCUGGUGUGGGUGUAGAGCUCUGAAAUGGUGGAACACCAAUGUGGAACAGAGAGAACCUUUAAAAGUUGAUUUAACCACUACUUUUGUCAUUGUCAUGAGAAUUCCUGGCGGUAACAAGUAAUAAUCAAUCAACUAGAAAUACGGACUCUAUUAAAACAUUAAUCUGGCCUUGUCUACGAUACAACAUACUAAAUGAAAUACAUUAAAAUACAAAUUUUCUGAGUUCAAUCUGUCACCAUUCUUUGGGAACAAUUGUUCGAAAAAAUGGUUGUGCUGAUGGGAAUUGGAUUUCUAUCUGACAAAUGUGAAUUAUAGUGCUUGUGCUUUCCUGGAUCCAUACUUGUGGAUACGUUUGCACCUGACCCUCCCACUGAUUUUUCCCGAUUGUAAAGGUUUUGUUUUUGAAGAAAUUGCUGUAAUAUUCAGACGAUAACUGUGGUGAAAAAAGGGGAGCUAUCACUGAUCAAUUUGGGACUUGGAUCAUGAUCAUGGAACAGGUUAUGGCAUUGAGUACUCAAAAUCCACUGUCACUGUUGGUGAAAAUUGGGAUGAUGGCCUGGAACAGUUCGACUUCCUGCGGCAACGAUAAUUGCUCUGGACAUGGCGAGUGCCAUAAUGGAACUUGCUUAUGUGAAAUACAAUUCGACGGUUCCGAUUGUCACGUACCUAAUUUCAGUUACUACAUCGCCUUCGCCACCAUGUUUUUUGUACUUGCAUUUGUGUGUUUAAUGCAAUUAGUAAUGUGUAUUGUUGCUGAGUGGCAAAAGAUGAAGGCACCAUCAUUCCUGAGGGCUUGCCGAGUGACAACUCAGAAAGUACUUUACUUUAUUGUCUUUCUAGCUUCUGUCAUCAGAGGAGCUUACUUCACUUCACCCACUGCUUUUAAGGAAGGAUGGUCCAGAACCUUGUCUUCAACGUACUAUCCUCUAUUAUUGAGUGGAUCCUCACUAGUUGUAUGCUUCUGGGCUGAAAUAUUCCACAUUCGUGAUAUUCGCACUGAUAAACCGCAAUUUUUAUCAAAAUCUUUCCUGGCUUUUGCUGUUUUCAAUGUCAUGAUCUACUCUCUUCUUGUAACUGAGUUCAUCAUAUCUCAAAUGGACUCCCAAGUCGAUAAAAGUUACUACAUUCAAAUCUUCAAUGGUUGUUACGCAUUCCUGCUCUUUAUCGUUGUCAUACCAUUCCUAAUAUAUGGUGUUGAAGUAUUCUUCAAGCUGCGGGGUGGAUCUGUGAAUGAACAACAUGUAGCUUCCAUUGCAACGAAUAUCCGUAUACCUGAAAAAAUACAGAACGAGGAUCCAGUUACAGCUAAAUUAUUUGAUUCAGUACCAUCUACAUCCACCGUACCGGUGGACCUGCAACAAGUGGAUACUUCCUUAUUGCAUCAGUCAAGAUUCGGCUUGCUGUCGCAGGCCUCUAUGCUAUUCAUAAUUGUAGGAUUCUUGUUCAGUGAAACGCUCAGUGAAAAGUGGAAAACAAAGGUUCCAUUGUACAGCAGAAAUUGGCAUGACAUCGUAUUUCGACUUAUCGAAGUUGGCGUGGCCCUUUGGUUCCCUUGUGUACUUUGGAAUUGUAUGAGCCCAGAGCAAUUGUGGAUCUUAAACCCAAAAAGAAUCCUAAAACGCCUAGACUUGAGUCAGGAAAAACAAGUCAAAGAAAUUGAGCUCCAGGAAAAAAAAGAUCUUCCAGAUGGCAAAUUGUUACCUGACAUUCAAUCUAUAAGUGCCAAAGACUGUUGGAUCUGCUAUGACAGUGACACACAGGACGCAGGACCCCUAAUCCAGCCAUGCCACUGCAGGGGAGAUGUUAGUACUGUCCACCAUGAUUGUCUCCGCAGAUGGCUCGUCGAGAGCUCAAUGAAUGCGGACAGCUUAACCUGCAAAGUAUGUGGCACCAAGUACAACGUUGAGCAUGCUAAUAGAUUGGACUGGCAGCACAGCUUAACGCCGCGUCAUUGGCUACAAACUAUUGCUAUUGUUACCACAAUGUGCGGAUCAUCUGCAGGAGGUUGGAUACUCAUUCAACUAGUCGAGGGUCCCAUCAUUCGGAUGCUUGCCGCUGGAACAGUUUUGUUAAUAUUGUAUAUCUGCAUCAGGUUUUUGAGUAUGAAUACAGUAGUAGCUUACCAACGAGCGAAGAUGUCCUCAUUGAACAUUGUGGCCGUCGACAACUCCGUUGAAUCAACAACAAGUUGUUAUAUCCCCGCUAUUAGCAACACAGUAGCAGUCGAAUUGCCAAAACCGGCAAUUACCGCAAUAUAAGUCACCUUGAAUUCCGCCAUUAGUAUAAAAUUAUGAUGACCUGAAAAUUUCAAAAUUUAUUGACAGCGGUAAUAGAGAAGUUCUCUUUUGAAUAAUCAUGCAGAUAAUGAUAAAUCAGUGCGUAUCACUUUGAUUCUACAUGAUAACAUUCAGGGCUCAGUUCCGUAGUUUAGAUUUAAAUUGGUCUAUUUGUUUUUAAAUUCCAUUGUUGAGAUCACCUGUUAAAUUAUGGAGAUGAUUAAGUAAUGAAGUUUUUGAAAAUUUUAGCAAACUAUGUGAAAUUCUGUGAUCCCGGACAUAAUUUAUACUUUGAAAUUUUUAUAUCAAUCUGGAAGACGUAGUCCUGAUGGUUUUGAUACCCACUCGAAACAUCAAUUCACUGAUUUACUCAUAUGUAAAUUAAUUUUUGCCUGCAAUGCAUUUGAAAAUUGAAAUUUCAUUACCAUGACCGCUUGAAAUUAUUAUUCU